GGUCUUUGCUCUCUGCCUUUCACCCUUUCGCGCUCGCUGGACGGCCCCGCCCCUUCUGCUGGGUCACACCACCCAGAGCCCUCCGGGCGCUCAGGCCCCGCCUCUUACGGAAGCCGAGGUGGAGGGUCAGAAUCCGGAAGAAAAAUAUUCCGGCGGCGAGAGUGAGCUGGCCAGGAACUGCGGCCGGGAGGGGGCUGUCAGGCCUGGGCCGGCCGGGGCGGGGACACGCGAGCCGGCUGGGCCACCGCGCGGGGACGAUGGCGACCGUGAAUCCACGGAAGCCGACUGACUCGAAAGGCAGGAAGCUCAGCAUACAUGUUGUGACAUGGAAUGUGGCCUCUGCAGCACCCCCUUUAGACCUGGAUGAGCUGCUACAGCUGAACAAUCAGAACCUGAAUCUGGACAUGUAUGUCAUUGGUUUGCAGGAAAAGAACUGUGGGAUCAUGAGCCUCAUUUCUGAUACUGCCUUUGAAGACUCUUGGAGCAGUUUCUUCAUGGAUGUGCUUUCCCCUCUAUGCUUCGUGAAGGUCUCCUGUGUCCGCAUGCAGGGACUCCUCUUACUGGUCUUUGCCAAGUAUCAGCAUUUGCCCUUUAUCCAGAUCCUCUCUACUAAAUCCACCCCCACCGGCCUUUUUGGGUACUGGGGGAACAAAGGGGGCGUCAACAUCUGCCUGAAGCUCUACGGCUAUUAUGUCAGCAUCAUCAACUGCCACCUGCCCCCACACAUGGCUAACAACGACCAGCGCCUAGAGCACUUCGACCGAAUCCUGGAGAUGCAGAAUUUUGAGGGUCAAGAAAUCCCUAACAUCCUGGACCAUGACCUCAUCCUCUGGUUUGGAGACAUGAACUUUCGGAUUGAGGACUUUGGGAUGCAGUUUGUUCGGGAAGCCAUAAAAAAUCAGUGCUACUGUGACCUGUGGGAGAAGGAUCAGCUCAGCAUUGCCAAGAAAUGCGACCCACUGCUCCGGGAGUUCCAGGAGGGCCCCCUGCUCUUCCCACCCACCUACAAGUUUGAUAAGAACACCAACAACUAUGACACCAGUGAGAAAAAACGCAAGCCUGCAUGGACCGACCGCAUCCUGUGGAGGCUGAAGCGGCAGCCCCAGGCUGAACCCCACACUUCCAGGCAGCUGGCCCCUCACUUCCUCCUGUCUCUGAGGAGCUACAUCAGCCACAUGAUAUACAGCAUCAGUGACCAUAAGCCAGUGACCGGCACCUUUGACUUGGAGCUGAAGCCAUUGGUGUCUGCCCCACUGAUCACCCUGAUACCUGAAGGCCUGUGGACUAUGGAGAAUGACAUGUUGAUCAGUUACUCCUUGACUGCAGACUUCCUCAGCAGCCCCUGGGACUGGAUUGGACUUUACAAGGUGGGACUGCGCCACAUUAACGACUACGUGUCCUAUGUCUGGGUCAGAGACAAUCAGGUCUUCUCCAGCGACAGGCUGAACCAGGUAUACAUCAACAUCAGCAAUGUCCCUGAGACUGAGGAUAAGUUUCUCCUUUGUUACUAUAGCAAUAGUCUACAUUCUGUGGUGGGAAUAAGCAAGCCUUUCAAGAUCCAACCUCGCACCUUCUUGGGGGAAGACCCACUAGGUGAAGCCCAACCACAGAUUUGAGCUGGGGUCAGAAUGAAUCCAGGUUGGAGGCCAGAAUUGGAGCUCUGCCUACCACUGCCAGGAGCUCUGGGGGGGCCAGCCAGCCCCCUGAUGAGGCAGCAAGUAACCGCCACCUCCCCGGGGAGAUGUAACCACACUCCUUUGCUCUCUCUAGUCCAAUCUCUAGAAUUGGCCACUUAAAUACAGGGUUUUGUUGCUGAGGUGUGAGUGAAACCAGCUAGUUCAUCAGCAGUGAAAACCUAAGACUGGAGACAGUCCCCCAGAUGUGGGAAGGAUCCCUCCAGUCUGCAUCUCAGUUCCUGACUUUUCCCCACCCCACUUCCAGGCUCACCCAAGCAGGCCUGCUAGGCACAUGCCCCAUUUGGCACAGACCUGCAUUCUUGUCAUGCCAUCCUAGGUCUUCUGGGGAAGGGAGAUGCUCACAUUUGUACAGACUCCAUUGACUGGGUGGCGUAAGCAGCACUGGAUUCCAGGAGUCUUGGCAUCACAUGACCUGUUCCCCUGAGGGAUAGCAGAGGGUCUGGAAUCAUUUCUCCUUUCAGCAGAAGCAGUCUGACUAAGAUGGCAGGGAAGAGGGGCCCUCCACCCAGGCAUUUAUGUAGGAUUUGUGGACAGGUUGAUGAGUAUCCUGCCAGCACAAACACCUCCGUACCUCCCAAGGAGCUUCCAGGGCCUGAGCAGAGACUUGGACCCAGAUUCACUUCUGCUGGGUCAGGCUCCAUGCCGCCAAAUUGCCUUCCUAGGAAAGGUUGGCAGGUGGUAGAGGAGUUGUGGCCACAGAUUUCCCCAGGAUCAUCCUUGCUGAAUAGAGCUUAUUUGACCAGCAGUCACUGGCAAGAAACUGCCCAUCUCAACCCUUCAGGGACCGAGAAGUGGGAGAACCAAAAUAUUUAGUAUCUGGCCCCGGAGGUCGUCAGAGAGCACUAUACAGCUGCUGCAUGGACAUGACCUGUCCUUUCUUCCACCACUUGCCUCCAGCCACUCAUGAUCCAGUGGCCCUUCUUGGAGAAAACACCUCAGGGAGCCUGCACUGUGACUGUCAUGUCCAUCCUGAGACCGAAGGAUGUUCUGGUUGCUUGUACUUUCUACAGCAGUACACAUCACGGAAUCUGUGUACUGUCAAGAACUGCCCCCUGGCUUCUCGAGGGCCAGGACUGACUGCACGCUGCUGGUUAUAUUGAACAGUAACUAGAAACAAGGCCUUUACACUUGUGUGUGACUCUUUUCAUGAUGCUGGUGGGAAGAGGCACGUGGGGUCUUUUGAGACUCGAGAGCAAGAGCUGUGUAGAUCCAGACUAGAUCCUGUAACUCAAAGUGACAGACAGGAAUGUGGUGAGAUUCUGAGGCCCUCUGGCCCCUCGCCCAGUUGAGGCAUGCCAUCUACGUUGUUGGACACUUCAUUUACUCUGCCGCUAAGCACAGUGGCUUUCUUGGAAGUGAAAGCUCAGAGGAGCUCUGUUCCUACUGGUUCACUGUCCUUACACGCCACUCCCUUAGUCUUGAGUCUUGGUCCUGGGUUAAAUGUUCAAAAACGGCACCAUCUUUCUGUCUGCCCUGCCUCUCCCCAGACUCCCCCAUUCUGUGGUUCCUCUAUCCUGCCCACAAUAUACAUACACCUAAGGAAACCUGAACCCUCAUACUUGGCCACCUUGUCCUGUAGGGAAAAAGAAGAUUUGAGCACAUCAUUGGUUCAGGGAAACCAAAGCUCGGAGAGAGAACAUGAUCCCACUGGAAGUUAACACGGGCAGCAGAAACAGGAAUAGCAUCAAGACCGGGUUGAUGCUAUUCAACUUGAUGGGUUGGAAUUAGUUCCAUGUCACCCACAUAGGGGUCUCAGUGGUAUGUAAAGUACAAGUAAUGUGUCUCUUCACAAUACGGUGAGAGGACAAUUAAAACACUAUGCCCAC